GAGGAGGCAGGGGUCCCAACAGGUGCAGAAUUUGGCUUCAUUCAGAGGUCACCUCUAACACGCCCUGAGAGGGAGAGAGCAGAGCAGGGUCCCCUGUGCAGGGAGACACGUAGGUCUGGCGGCAGGAAGUGGAGGCCUUUCUGGUCUGAAGACUUCUAUUUUUUUCUGUGCAGUAGGAAGUGAAGUUUCUGGGUGAGGCCUGGGGGGCGUGGUCUCGGUUUGCGGAGAAGAGAAAGGUUUGAAAUAGAUACUGAAAACAAGAGAGUGAGCUGAAAAGGAAAACCUGGCCUCAGACUCUUGUUACCUGUUCACAUGGUGAAGCCUCCAGAAAAGGACCCUGGCAAAUGUGAUUUCAGCCGUCUAGCACCUUGUGAGGCACCUGGAAUGGCUUAUUCUGAGGAGCAAGGAGGGGCCCCCUGUGGUUUCAUCCGCCAGAAUUCCGGCAAUUCCAUUUCCCUGGACUUCGAGCCCGACACAGACUACCGGUUUGUGGAGCAGCUGGAAGAACGUUACAAAUGUGCCUUCUGCCACUCGGUGCUUCACAACCCACACCAGACGGGGUGUGGGCACCGCUUCUGCCAGCACUGCAUCCUGUCCCUGAGAGAAUUAAAUGCAGUCCCACUCUGCCCUGUAGAUAAGGAGGUUAUCAAAUCUCAGGAGGUGUUUAAAGACAAUUGCUGCAAAAGAGAAGUCCUCAACUUAUAUGUGUAUUGCAGAAAUGCUCCUUCAUGUAACGCCAAGAUUAUUCUGGGUCGAUACCAGGACCACCUCCAGCAGUGCCCGUUUCAAGCCGUGCAGUGUUCUAAUGAGAACUGUCAGAAGCCAGUCCUUCGGAAAGAUCUGAAAGAACAUUUGAGCGCAUAUUGCCAGUUUCGAGAGGAAAAAUGCCUUUAUUGCAAAAAAGAUGUGGUCGUAAUCAAUCUACAGAAUCAUGAGGAAAACUUGUGUCCUGAGUACCCGGUAUCUUGUCCUAACAAGUGUUUGCAGAUGAUUCCAAGAGCUGAGGUGGAUGAACACCUCGCUGUGUGUCCUGAAGCAGAACAAGACUGUCCUUUUAAGCACUAUGGCUGUACUGUAAAGGAUAAACGGGGGAACCUGCUGGAACAUGAGCAUUCAGCCUUAAGGGACCACAUGCUUCUGGUUUUAGAAAAGAACUUCCAGUUAGAAGAACAGAUUUCUGAUUUAUAUAAGAGCCUAGAACAGAAAGAAAGUAAAAUCCAGCAGUUAGCAGAAACUGUAACGAAAUUCGAAAAGGAGUUCAAGCAGUUUGCACAGCUAUUUGGCAAAAAUGGAAGCUUCCUCUCAAACAUCCAGGCUCUUACCAGUUACAUUGACAAGUCCGCUUGGCUAGAAGCUCAAGUGCGUCAGUUAUUACAAGUGGUUAACCAGCAACAAAAUAAAUUUGACAUGAGGCCUUUGGUGGAUGCGAUUGAUACAGUGAAACAGAAAAUUACUCAGCUAGAAACCAAUGAUCAAAGACUAGUUGUCUUGGAAGGGGAGACCAACAAACAUGAUGCCCACAUUAAUAUUCAUAAAGCGCAACUGAAUAAAAACGAAGAGCGGUUUAAACUGCUAGAAGGCGCCUGCUAUAACGGAAAGCUCAUCUGGAAGGUGACAGACUAUAAGAUGAAGAAGAGAGAGGCCCUGGAUGGGCACACGGUGUCCAUCUUCAGCCAGCCCUUCUACACCAGCCGGUGCGGCUACCGGCUCUGCGCAAGAGCCUACCUGAACGGGGACGGGUCCGGGAAGGGGACACACCUGUCGCUGUACUUCGUGGUGAUGCGCGGGGAGUUUGACUCACUGCUGCAGUGGCCAUUCAGGCAGAGGGUGACCCUGAUGCUUUUGGACCAGAGUGGCAAAAAGAACCACAUUAUGGAGACCUUCAAGGCCGACCCCAAUAGCAGUAGCUUUAAAAGACCCGAUGGAGAGAUGAACAUUGCGUCCGGCUGCCCCCGCUUCGUGGCUCACUCCACUUUGGAGAACGCCAAGAACACCUACAUGAAAGAUGACACCGUGUUCCUGAAAGUGGCUGUGGAUUUAACAGACCUGGAGGAUCUCUAGUCCCUGUUCCUGGGGUGAUGAAGGGCUUGUUGGGUCCAAAACCAUGGAGGAGGACACCUGUGAUUGUCAUGUGGACUGACAUUGAACUUAGUACACAUUUGUAUUUGGCUUUUUGCCCCUUGGUGUUUGAAGUCAGUUUAAAACUUCUCAAGUGCUAUCUUUUUACAUUUUACUCUAUCCCAGUUUGAUACUUAAAACCUUAGAAUAUUCUCUCAUUAUUUAUAUUUUUAUAUUUCUUGAAAUGUUAAGCUUCUUGAAACGAGGUCUUGGGCAUAUCUCUUUUACUGGUGCUUAGCAUAGUGUCUCAUGGUAGGCACUAUGUGAAAUGUUACUGAGGACACAGAGGAAGAAUGGAAAAUGCUUUGGUAUUUUAUUCUUUGGCCUGCUGAUUCUAGACCUGACCAUAAGCCCGCCAAAGCCAUCUUCCAGACUGUUCCAGUUAAGUAGUUGGGUGGUGUACUGUCAAAGACAAUAUGUCCAGUUUGGACCAGACUUCUUUUAGGUCAAAUACAAAAUGUGUGGAAAUUACUACACCUCUAAAUAUUUUCAUUAAUUACCAGUAGUCAGCAAGUACAGUUUUGCAAGACUGUGUUAGAAUUGGUAAACAGAGGAAGCAUUUUUAUUUUCCCCAUUGAGGUAAACACAAAGUACUGCCGUGUGUGUGUGUGUGUGUGUGUGUGUGUGUAGAGAGACGGAGAGUUUAUACAUAGAUAUAUGGAAAUAUAGCCCUCCAACUAAAGUUCAUAUUUUAUUAGGUACAACCAUGCAAAAAAAAAAAAGUUUCCAUAGGUCAUGAAAGGUCAAGUAUUAGCAGUUUCAUAAGGUUCUAUUUAAUACCUAUGUAUGUAAAUGAGUAUGAAUACACCUAGCUUAAAGGUAUGUUGGUAAUAACAGUAAGUUACUGUGAGGAUGGGCAGAGUUUUGUGUAUGAUGGAGAAAAAUGUCAUAAAUGGGUAAGAGGGCUUUAAAACUUAGGGAGAACACCAAUAUUAUUCCUAUGCUAUCAGAAGUAUUCCCAUCCCAAACUGAUUGCUAAAAGCAGUAUCUCCUCUUCUUUUUGAGAGAACUUUGAAUUCACAAAUUGGUAUGAAAAUGGGCAUUUAUAUAAACUUGUGACUUUUCUUGUUGAAGUUGUGAGUGCUUUGUGAGGAACAGAAAUUAUUAUAUUUGUACGCAUCUGUCUGUGUGGGUCUGUCUACAGUGAAUCCCUCUGAUCCUUGAUAAGCCUGAGCUUAACAAAAAAGAACCCAGUUUCCCUGAGCCCUCGUUCGUUGUUACGCAACUGUUUCCUGAUGCUCCAGCUGACCGACUCCCUUGAGUGUGUGGGGACAAAGUGCCAUGGGCGGAGAGCCACUUAAUGCAGCUUACCGGGGGGAGGACUAUGCACCUUACAGCUUUUGAGCAGUCGAUCUGAUAGGAGAAACAUGAUUUUUAUGCCAGUGGCUUCGGGAAUAACUGGAACUUUCUUAGCCUCUUCUGUGAAAAUUUUCAAGAUGCUACAGACUUAUCUUGCACAAAUCAUCCCAAAGACUUAUUCAAAGAAAUAGGUUUACGAUGGAAACAUACUGAAGACCCACCCUGUAGGUGCUGGUGAACUCUGGUGCAAGUGGUGGUCAACAGAUUGACCUCACACACACUCAGGAAGCAUUUCUGUAGAUGACACAGCCAGACCCAGUGGUGUGUGUGUGUGUUUUCAGUGUUCCUAAUCCAGUCCAAGUCCUUGGGAGUAGAAGAUCAUAUUGUUGUAAUUAGUUUUAAGUCGUUGGUAUGAAAAGCAUUUUAAAGUGAAUUCAUCAAAAUACUGGUUUUGUGUUCUAACCAACUUCUCUGCAUAAAAAGCUUCAAGCAUGGCAUGGUUUGCUCACAAGUUCAGAGUCGCUUCGUCAUUGAAACAUUGAUCAUGAAACAAGGUAUUCCAGAGUAAAAUGCACUCCUUUCUCAAAAA